AUGCAAACCAUUCAGUUGAAGACAAUUGGUGCUUCUGGACCCGCUUCUGGCAAUAGCCAAGCCCAAUCAUCUGCAAAUGAUCAUGUUUUAGAUAUCAGUGUAUCUAGCUCUUCUAAUGAAGAUGAACCCCCACAGAUGCUGGAUACAGAGCAAGAUAUCACCGAUUUCCCAGAUGGCGGGUGGAAAGCUUAUAGCGUUCUCCUAGGCUCUCAUAUUGGUUUAAUUAUUAAUUUUGGAAUUUUAAAUUCCGUUGGUGCCGUCCAAGCUUAUAUCUCAACCCAUCAGUUGGCUGGAGAAAAAGUAAGCGAUUUAUCAUGGGUAUUUUCCAUCUACAUGUGUCUCCCUUUUUUACUAGGGAUGUUUGUGGGUCCAGUCUUUGAUUCUCGUGGAAGUACAGUCCUUCUUUCUAUUUCGACUGUGUUAUUAUUCGGUGGUUUUAUGGCUGUGAGUUUUAGCAAGUCCAUUGUGGCUUUCCUUUUUUCCCUCUCUAUAUGUAUGGGAACGGCGCAUGCCCUUGCUAUCACGCCCUUAGUUUCCCUGGUAAGUCACUGGUUUCUCUUGAACAGAGGUAAAGCCUUAGGGUUGGCCAGUUUGGGUGGAUCUGUUGGAGGUACUAUAUGGCCUCUUAUUCUUCGAGCGUUGUAUGGUUCUGUGGGCUUUGGUUGGGGUAUCCGUAUUGUUGGAUUCAUCUGCUUAGCCGGACUGCUUGUCUCGGUGAUUUUGGUCAAGCUGAGAGUUCGGAGAGUCAUAUCUCCCACCAGUGCGGAGCAUAUGGAAAAGACGAAGAAAUUGUUGAUGCAUACGAAGAAUUUUUUUGAUGUCACUGCUUUCAAAGAAGGUAGUUUCACCUUUUUGGUUCUCGGUGUGUUUUUCACCGAAACUGCUCUUAUGAGUAUUCUCACGUACUUGGCCACAUUUGCAAUUGCCCACGGCUUUACAGAGAAUAAUUCGCUUAUUCUUGUUACUGUGCUUAAUGCUACGGGAAUUCCUGGAAGAUACAUUCCUGGGUAUCUCGCAGAUCGUUAUGGAAACUUUAAUGUCAUGGUGAUCAUGUUAACAGGGUUUUCGCUUUCGAUCCUUGCCUGUCUUUUACCCUUCGGUAGUUCUGCUGCAGGUUUAUACACGUUUUCUGUAUUGUGUGGAUUUUUCUCGUCCUCCGUCUUGAGCUUAACACCUACAUGCCUUGGAUCUAUAACACAAGUUGACAAGUUUGGACAGCGGUAUGGACUCAUGUACACCUGUUCCAGUACAGGGAUCCUUUUCGGAAUUCCAGUUGGCGCAGCUAUCAUUGGCGACGAAAGCAUGUAUAACUACAAGGUCUUUACCGUGUUUUGUGGCGUGUUUGCAGUCGUUGGAACUACAUGUUGGGCAAUCAGCCGGUAUUGUGUUGUUGGCGCUCAAUUAAGGGUAAAAGUUUAG